ACACAACGAUAAACAUGACCUCUAUUUCUAUUUCAGAAUUCGAAAAUGCCCUGUCUCGCAAGAUUUCCACCAUAUUGUCUUCCUCUUUUACCACCAUGACGUCUAAUGAUUACGUUUACAAUGACGUCUAAUGAUAAUUUCCUCUGCAUAAAUAUCUCACCUCAAUCCCUCCAGUUUCAAGGAAAAGGUCUACAAGCCUUGCAUAUAAUUUAUAUCUAAAAUAAUUUAUAUCUCAUCUCCACCCUCCAUUUUCAAGGAUUCGGUCUUCUUCCUCCACAUGGUCAGGUCGAUCGAGAAGUAAGGUUAUUUCAGCGAAAUUAAAGGUGCUGGUUCCAUUACUUACUAACUACUUGGAAGUAAGGAUUUGCACAUUAAUAGAGAAAUGUUCAAUGUGAGAUCAACUACAUGAAUGAUUGUUGCUGAAAUAGGAUUUUCUGGAGUACUCUGUUGCUUUGCAUUGAGGGCUCCACAGUUAGUAGUGACUGGAAUGGAUCCUAUUAUCUAUGAAGCAGCGGCAAAAGGCAACCUGGAGGACUUGAAAAAAUAUAUCUCCGAUCCACUAGAUGGGUUUUUAACCGUUAAUAAAAAUACAAUCCUACAUAUUUGCAUUUCAAGUAUCCUCGUUGAAGAAGAGUUUCCCGCCACUGGAGGAACUGACCCAGCCUCAGCGGCAAAAUUUGUGAAGGAUGUACUGGACGAGUGUCCGUCACUUUUAUUGAAAGCCAACACAGAAGACGAUACUCCGUUACAUGUGGCGGCAAGGUAUGGACAUGCUUCCAUCGUCAAAGUCCUGAUUGAACAUCAAAAAUCCCAACACCAAGAUCUCGAAAGUGGAGUUGUUGAAGCUACUACGGAGAUGAUUGGGAAGCUGAACAAAGAGAGAGACACGGCUUUACAUGAGGCUGUAUGUCACAAUCACAUUGAAGUGGUAAAACAGUUACUAACGGAGGUAGAUCCAGAAUUUCCGUUUGGUGCUAAUGUUGCUGGUGAGACCCCACUUUACUUGGCUGCUGAGAGACGCUUUCCAGAAUUGGUGUCAGAAAUUUUAAACGAAUUGAAGUCACCAGCUUAUGAUGGCCCCUUGGGUAGAACGGCUUUGCAUGCUGCAGCAUUUUAUGAUAAUGACGGAGGAAUGACCAAAAACAUUUUGGAAAGAUACGGACGCGAUCUAUGUAAACAAGCAGACCAAAAUGGUUGGACUCCGCUUCACAUGGCUGCAUACUUCAAUAAGAUUGAGGCAACAAAACUAUUGUUGAAAUGUGAUAGAGAGGUAGCAUAUAUGAAAGACGCAGAGGGUAGGACAGCUCUUCACAUUGCAGCCCGUCGCGACUGUGUUGAUGUAACAGUAGAUAUUAUAUCAAUGUGUCCGGAUUGUUGCGAAGUGGUUGACAAUGAAGGCCGCAAUGCACUCCAUCUCGCCGUACACAACUGGUCAAGUGCAGCGCUAAUCAUCCAAAAUAAUUCGUCUCUCCGGAAUCUUUUGAAUCAGAAGGACAACGACGGGAAUACACCUCUCCAUCACUAUUGCAAUUACAGUUUUGUUGGUGACCAGCGUGUCCUGAAUUCUCCAAGAGUUGACAAAAUGGUCUUCAACAAAAAGAACCAGAAUGCUUGUCAAAUCUUAGAAAGUAGAAACUUACCGGACGAUGAUUUUGAGAUAAAGUUUCUAUCUAUUUUUGGAGGCUGGGAAAAUUAUCGUUUCCAUUACAAUGGACGAGUAGUAGAAGUCGGGUAUGAUGAAAUUGAGAAGAAUAAGCGGAAGCCGAAGCUGGAGGUGGACCCACGACAGGAGAGGGAGAUUAGAAGGAAGAAGAAGAUGGAGGUGGAGGAUAAAGUGGCUCAAGUCCAUUUAGUAGUUGCUGCACUCAUUACAACUGUGACCUUUGCUGCAGGCAUUACCAUGCCCGGGGGCUUCGUUGGUGGAGAUGAUCAUUGACAUCCAGGCUCUGCAGUUUUGAGAAAAAGUGCUGCUUUCCAAGUAUUCAUCAUUACAAAUGCCCUAUCAUUGAUGCUAUCUAGCUCUGUUGUUUUUAUCCACCUAUUUAUUCCGCUUAUCCCCACUGAACACUUCUUCGAAAAGCGCACAAGUUUUCUUCAAAUAGCCUUUUGGUUCCUUCUUUCAUCCAUGGCACCAAUGGUUUUGGCAUUUGUCACAGGUACAUAUGCUGUAUUAGCGCAUUCAAAUAUUGCCAUUCCCACUUGUAUUGUUGGCUUAUCUUUUUUUCCCAUCAUUGUAUAUACAUUUUGGAAACUAUUAAAAUAAAAUUCGUAGGCGCUAUGAGUA